AGCCACCCAGGGCAUCCUGCACUCCAGAGACGCCCGGGGACGCGGCUGCGGGGGACCGACCCCAAGGGCCCGCUCCACGCACGCGGGGGGGAGGGCGAUCUCGCGGCGAGACACGAGCCCCUCUGGGAUCAGCCCGCGCGGCUCCCCCCCGCCUUCCCUCACGGACCCCGCAGCGCCAGGCGGUUCCCCGCGGCCGGCGCUGGAUGCGCGGCGGCCGAGGCGAGCGGCAGCCGCGGGGCCGCGGGGGGAUCGAGGGCGCCCCUCCAUGCGCCGCCCCGCGCGGGGGCUCGUCGGCAGGCCGCGCUCCGCCGCCGCCGCCCCUGUCGCGUGAAGCGGGGCUCGGGCCGGGCCGCGGCGGAGCCCCGGAGCCAUGAGCCAGGCGGAGCUGUCCAGCUGCUCGGCGCCGCAGCGGCAGCGCAUCUUCCAGGAGGCGGUGCGGCGCGGCAACACGAAGGAGCUGCAGUCGCUGCUGCAGAGCAUGACGAACUGCGAGUUCAACGUCAACUCCUUCGGGCCCGAGGGGCAGACGGCGCUGCACCAGUCCGUCAUCGACGGCAACCUGGAGCUCGUCAAGCUGCUCGUCAAGUUCGGCGCCGACAUCCGCCUGGCCAACCGCGACGGCUGGAGCGCGCUGCACAUCGCCGCCUUCGGGGGCCACCAGGACAUCGUGCUCUACCUGAUCACCAAGGCCAAGUACUCCUCGGGCGGGCGGUGACGGGCGCGGCCCGGGCCCCCCGGCGGGAUCGGGCCCCCCAGCGCACCGCACCGCACCGCACCGCACCGCGCGCCCCCGGCUGCUCCCCCGGCCCGGGAGCCGGGGCCGGACACUGCCGGGCGGGCCGAGCCGAGCCGAGCCGAGCCGGCCCCGUCGCAGGCUGUGCGGGGCUCCCGUCGAGCCCGCGCCGCGGUCCAGAGCCGCCGCCUCCUGCUGCCUGCGCCGCCCGCGCCGGGGGCGUCCGUUGUCCGGGGUCUUGUUGAAAUGUCAAAGCUGCUCGGACCCCCCCGGUGUCGUCUCCUCCUUGCUCUUCUCCAGCCAAGGCAUCGGGGCCCGCAGAGAUGGGAGAAGCCGCUCCCUGCUCCGCGGGGCGCGCCGUCGGGGGCUGGGCUGGGGGCUCGGUCUUCCCUCCUACUGUAUCUUAUUUGAUUUGAUUUUCUCUUUUGGUUUUUUUUUGUUUGUUUGGGGUUUUUUUUGCCAUCUACCUCGGCCGCGCUCGCAGUAUUCACCGUCUGGGUCAGACCGCUGGGCAGAUGCUUUAAAAUGCACUCACAUCUCUCCCCCACCUCCCUUCUUUUAAUCCCCAGGCACCUCUAUAACCCCCCACCCCGCUCCCCUCGUCCCUGUCCCUGUCCCUGACCCCCAUGUGAUCUGUGCUAGCAGGCUGCUCCCUGGGGUCUGGCCCUCAUUUUAAAGUCUUUCUGGCUCAGAAAUGAGAUGGUUUUGGCCUCGAUUUCCCCCCCCCCAAAAAAAUGUUACUUGGUGGGAAACCAAUCGGUGCUUUUUAUUUUUCAUUUCAUUUCACUUCCCCUCCAUGCAAGGCUGAAACUCACAGGAGCAAAGCGAUUCGGUCCUGGUGCUGGUUGAAGGGAGGGGGGGAGGGGGGCUGGGGGGCUGUCCCACAGCUCUGCCUCCCCUACACAGCAUCAGAGGGUUUCUCCCUUGCAUUCUCCUCCCGUCAUUUAGCGCCCCCCCCAUCUAUAUUGGAAUGGGACAGAUCAUUGCCCCUCUCCCCCCACCCCAGCCCUUUCUCUUUUUUUUGUUACUUUGAAUUUUACUUUGGGUGCGUGCUCCAGCAGGCACCCUGUGCCUUGAAUCCAUUUGCCAUCCUGAAGAUGACAGGAAAGACAUCUGAUCUUUAUUUUUGUGUGUUUGUUUUUUAACCUAUAGUGCUGGCGGGAUUAGCAAAUCCUCAUUUUAUUUUAUUUUUUUUUUAUUUUAUUUUAAAAGUGACAUAAAAUGCAUUCUAGAGGCAGAGGAUUUGCUUUUGCACAGAAAAGGAGCGUGAGCGCCCCCUGCUGUCUAGAAAGAAAGUGUCAAGAAUAACUGAAAACUACUGAGAAACAGUUUUGGGAAGGUUUUUCUUUUUUUUUUUUCUUGGUGAAACUUGGAUAACACUUCUCAAUGCAGAAUGAUUCAUCUGACAUAUAUAUAUAAAUGUGUGUGUGUAUGUGUAUGUAUAUGUAUAUGUAUAUGUAUAUAUAUAUAUAUAUGUAUAUAUAUAUGCAGAAGGGGAGGAAAAAGAAGAGGGGAGAUCAUCUUCAAUUGCAUUUUGAAGUGACUGCACGUAUAAUUGCAAUGCUGCUUUUUUGCCAUGGCACAAGAAGAUCCAAUUAAAAAUGCAGAAAAUUUCAGAAGCCUCCUUUCUACAGCUGGUCUCUUAUCCCUGUACAUUUGUCUGCACUAAAAAAAAGCCCUUUAUCACUGCCAUCUUCUUGCUUUUUUUUUCUUACUUUCCUUAUCCAAACCAUUACAAUUUAAAAAAAAAAUAGUUAUCUGCUGUUUUUUGGUUGUGUCUUAACUAUUUAUCGUGUAUGUAUAUAUUUGUGGGUGACGUUUGUGAGCCUGGUUUUUGAUUGAAGCUGUUUGUGAGUGGUUCAAAAAUAUGGUUUGGGAAAAUAUGCAUUUUUUUCUAGUCUUAAAACUAAAAACUUGAGUCUGCCAUGUGGUUUUUUUUCUCCAUUGCACUGAAUAUUCUGCUUUGUCUAUGAUGGUUUCACCUGCAGUUUUUUUUUUUCUCUUAAAGCAAUUUUAUAAGAUUAAAGAGCUCCAGAUUUUUUUAAAGGCCUUCUUGAAAGUGUCAAUUUUUAAUGCUGUAAUUUACAAGGAAAUGCUUAGUUGGCAGACUUUCUCUGUGAGCAUUGAAGCUGGUGUUAAGCACUUUUGCUGGUGCUUCUGUUUUAUAGUUAUAGGGGGGAACAAUAUCUUUUCUAGUGAGGUUUUAUUAUAGUUACCAGAUGGUUGCACAUUUUUUUUAAAUAAAUGGAUUUGCCACAAUGAAAUGUCAUAACAUUUAUGACAUAAUAUUAAAAAAGUAAUUGUAUUUUAAAGCCAAGAUCUAGAUGGAUUUUUUUUUUUAAAGAAAUCUUGGUUAUAAGCCCAAUUCUAAAGGGAGCUCUGUCCAGUGUUGUAAAGACAACAUAAUGUAACCCAUAUUUAUAUUUUUAUAAAAUACCUAUGAAGACUGUGAAUCUCUUGUGUGAAUUGCUGAGUGAGUUUCAGAAAAGUAUUGUUCCUCUUCAGCUUCCUGGAGCUUUAGACAUGAUUAGAAUUUGGAAAUUGUACAUUGGGGGAAGGGGGUUUGCUCUGAAAUUGUGAGUUGAUGUAUUUUUGCAUCACUUUUAUUUUACUGAAAAGCUGCUGCCCUUCCUAGUCCCUAUAGUUUCAAUUUUCUAUGCAACCCCACAAACCCCAUAUAUUUUUUUUUUUUAUCCUGCGAAAUAAAAGGGAUGCUGAUUUA